CCUGCAGAAUGAUCACCACCGUUCGUCAUGGACAGACCCGCCAAGCGCCCGCGGCUGUCAAUGGCCUGCAACAUUUGUCGUCAGCGCAAGGUGAAAUGCGAUGCCGAAUACCCCAAGUGUCGCAACUGCCGCGUGCGCAAGCAGCCUUGCAUCACCACUGAUCCCCAGCGGCCGGGGGUGACUGGAUUUCGGGAAUGGCUGGAUGUGCCAGAGAAACAGGGACUCGGCAAUGAGGAACGACUUCAGCCGGACGACGGUGAGAACCAUGAAGCGGGCUCACCGAAGCCAUCGCCGGAUCUUUCUCCCGUUCACCAUCCGUUCGACACUUCAUUCAAUGUGGAUGGCACCGAUAGGAUGAAGAUCAUGGGAGGAAGCAGCUCGCAAUGUUUGGCCAAAUCGUUGGACGUCUACUUCAAAGCAGCCCGGUUAAAGCCUGUGUCGGGUUGCUUUCGAUACGGAAUGAGACACGCAGAAGAGCUUGAUCUACCUUUAUCUCUGUCUUUGCCUGAGCUGCCGGGUCCGGAGCAAAGAGAACGGUACUUGUCGGCAUAUAUCUCGAGAAUACAUCCCAUAUAUCCUAUAUUCAACACGACCCGACUGCGCGUCGGCACGGAACUUUUGGCCACUGCCGGUGGAUUCAGAAAUCUUCCGCGGGAGCAGAUCCCUCGACUUGUGUCAGCCUACUUGAUUAUGAGCCUCGGAGCAGAUGAAGUAGGACCAGGCCAGACGGGGGACGGGGAUCGCUACUUGCAAGCAGCAGCGUGUCUGCUCUCCCAUGUCAUCAUCAUCCCAUAUCUGCCGACUGUGCAGACAUUGCUCCUCUUCACCAUAGCAUACCGCGGUAGGAAUCAGGAAGGACUGGCCUGGCAAACACUCGGCAUGGCUAUCCGGACUGCCUACACAUUGGGAAUCAACCGUUCUUCUACCUCCAUUUCCGAAGAAAAGUCCAUCGAGGGACGAGUGUGGGCCGUGUGCUGGUGUCUAGAAAAGAUGAUGCAUCUAGAAUCUGGUCGUCCGACUGUUAUCGGACACCAACACCCUAAGCCGAGUGAGGGUAUCUUCCGAGCAGAGGACAAGUUCCUGCAGUGGCAUGUCGAGCUUGGGGAAUAUCAAGGCAACAUCAGCUACCAUAUCUACAACCAUCAAUCUGGGAUACGAAAUGUCCGACAGAUUCUUCUCGGCACGGCUCGACUAGAUCGAGCAUUGCUGUCCUGGUCUAACCGUGUCCCGAUUGACUUGCGUCCAGGGAAUGAUCUCUUUUGUCCGGACGAUGAAUUUCACAUGGCGGCUUUUCUAUCAAUACAAUAUCACAGUGCGUUGAUCUCGCUACAUCGCGCAGCACUGAUUGCUCCGACCUCGAGCUUUGAAGCAGAGGUAGCGAGGUGUUGCUCCGAUGAGCCAUCCCAGUUUCGGAUGCGACAAGGAGAGACAAUAUGUGUGAACAGUGCCCGAGCGAUUGCGAAACUCAGCGUUGAGCUGUCUGAGCGCAAGGCGGAUUCACAGAUUAUUACUGCUGCAUCAGGACUAUUGGCUUGUAUAGUGCUGGCUAUCUUUCUUAUCAAGCAUCCUGGCUCUCGUCUGCAGAUUAUGGAUCUCCAGCUACUCAAAGCGUGCUUGGAAUAUACCACUCAGCAUCUGUCUAGAUGCAAUGCUGAUUCGCGAUUCAUAGAAGGAAUUGGGACGAUCUACGAACAAUGCUGCGCCCAUCUCCAGUCCGCAGACAAGAGAGCCAACGAGCAGCGACUUGUAGCAAAGUCCAACGAGUCUCUUCCGACACCAGCCAUUGACAUGCCGUGGAUUGCCGAAAAUACAUCACAGCCAAAUGAUUUGCUAAAGCGAAAUACGAACCCCCACCGCGAGGUUCCAUCCCUUGUGUCUUCACCGGUAGACAACAGGGAGGUGCACGAUAAUAUGGAUUCAUUAGGAUUCAACACAUCAAUGCUAGACGGGUUCAUGCCCGAGGGAGUCAACGUGGACCAAGUAUUUCCAUUUGAGGGAUACAAUGUGGAGGAACUAUGGAACUGGAUGGUGUAUUUGGAUAGUCCUGAUGUUACUUAACUACCAC